AUGCCUAUCAAAUGGUCUGCAGAUAUGGACAAGCUCCUCCUUGUCAAGAUCAUUGAGACACACGACCUCAAAGUUGACGCGAAACGCGUUGCUGACGCAUGGCCCGGAACCACCGAAGGCCAGGACAAGCCGACCCCCCGUGCCAUCACAGAGCGCCUAGUCCGCAUCCGUGCAGACAUCAAAGCUGCCAAAGGCGAAGGCACGCUGAGCAUUGGCACCGUGCCCAAGUCCAGCCCUGGCACGGCCACACCCCGAAAAGCCCGGAAGCCCGCAACCCCAACUUCUACUCCUGAUUCCAGCAAGCGUAGAAGAACCGCAAGCACCAUCACCAAGUCCUCGCCCCUCAAGCACGAGAUGGACAUCGACGGUGCCGAUGCAACCCUUGCCGACGCCGACCACGAGCUUGAUCAUGAUUUCGGCACGGGUCAGUUGAGCAACAACACCUUCAGCACCCCGACCAAAAUUGGAAAGGGGCGUGGUCUUUUUGAUAUCCCCGCCCAUCCUGGUACGCCCGCAUCGCCUACCCUUACGCCCACUGGACUGUCGCCAGGGCAGACCCUGGAUGCUCUCGCUGUACGCGCUGGGAGUAGCCUGGGCCUGAACAUGAAACAGGAAGACGGGGUUGUUGGUGAUGGAAGUCCUGUGAAGCGGACACCUCGUGCUCGUCGCGCGGCGAGCUCAUUCAACAUGGUCAACUAUAGCGAGAACUUCGGAGAUGAUGAUGACGACGUGGAUGGCUCUGCUUCUGCCUCGGAUUAUACCCCCGACGGAGCGGUCUUUGAAGACGACGAUUUCGCUUAG